AUGUUGUUGAAAUGUAAUGGUGAUCCUAUUGCAACUAUUGUUAACAGUACUUUCCCUCAGUUCAACGGUGGUAUAAUUGAUGGUAGCUGUUUUCAUAGCAGUGCUAUUUUAGCACCAACAUUACAAGUUGUCAAUGAAGUGAAUGAAUAUAUGUCGGACUUGACUAUAGGUGAAGGGAAGACAUAUUUCAGUUCUGACACCGCUUGCAAAGCUGAUGGUACUUCUACUGUACUUGCAGAUGUCCAUACACCUGAAUUCUUAAACACUAUUAGAGCUGCAGAUGUCCAUACACCUGAAUUCUUAAACACUAUUAGAGCUUCAGGGUUGCCAAAUCAUGCUUUAACAUUAAAGGUUGGGUCACCUGUAAUGUUAAUGAGGAAUAUUGAUCACAGUCUAGGACUAUGCAAUGGUACUAGAUUGGUUGUUACAAGAUUAGCUGAACAUGUGGUUGAAGGAAGUUUGGUUGUUACAAGAUUAGCUGAACAUGUGGUUGAAGGAAGUAUACUUGCAGGACCAAAUGCUGGCACUAGGGUUUUGAUUGCUAGAAUGACGAUAAUGCCAUCUGACACAAGAUUGCCUUUCAAGUUCAAUAGAAGACAAUUUCCUCUCAUGUUGUCAUAUGCAAUGACUAUCAACAAGAGUCAAGGCCAAACUUUGUCCAAUGUUGGUUUGAUCCUUAGGAAACCAGUAUUUGUCCACGGACAACUAUAUGUUGCUGCAUCAAGAAUAAGUCAACCAAACGGCCUCAAGAUUUUAAUUUGUGAUGAUUCAAAAAGUACUCUUAGCAGUACAACUAAUGUAGUUUACAAAGAAGUUUUUAACAAUUUGUAA